AUGGCGGACGAGAGCUCGGCUCUGCCGCCUCGAAAGGACGCGACCCACACCACGACCUCAGCCUUUCAGUAUCCACCAGCAGAUGCCACUGUCGGCUCGUUCGAGCUUAGAGACGCCAUACAGGAGACUGUAGUCACCACCACGACCACCACUAGAAUUACACUGCCUCCGAUUAUCACACAUCCGCCGCAGGAUUUAGCCGAGCGUGACCCGAGGCAGUAUGUGCUUGCCAACUCACUUACACCGGACUGGCUUAGACGGGUUCAGUUCGAGCAUCAUGGCAAAACCGUAACCUUCCAGGAGUCAGACGAUCCACUGUCUACUAUGCGAAGGUAUCAGGAUAAGGCUCGAAAGAUAAGGCAGCGUGAUGGCACGAUUAGGAAGGAGGUUCGGCACGAGAACCUUGAGACUCCCGUCCGUGGUUAUGGGCAUGCAGCUGUGGACAAGGCAGUGCAGAACGUCAGGGAAGGUGCUGGGCAGAAGCGAACCGCCGCUCCGCCAUCUAUAGCAGAGGCGGCAGAGCUGGCAAGUCUGGGAAGACGGACCAAGAAGCCGCGCUCACAGCUGCAUCGGAUGCAACCAGACAUCGUGGCGCAUCCGUCUUUGAACUCUGGCGCCUUUAUACUGCCGAGUAAUCAUUCGCCGGUUACACCAGACGCAGAAGCCGGAGCUGAGGGCGGACUCCAGCCUACCGCAGCGCUUGUCAAUCAGCACGCUAGGAGGGAUGCCUCCAGUAAAGUGUCAUCUCACCGCAUGCGCGCUGCUCCAGUCACGCAGCAGCCGACGAACCGGAAUGAUGACAUACAAAUGGCGGAUAACGACUCAUUAGAAGAUGACUCUCAGCUUGGUCCUCCGUUUUACGGCAUACAUAAGAAGCAGCGCCUCCAGCCAGAACCGAGUACUGUGUUAGGUGCAAGUCGACCUGGCAGAGCAAACAGCCAAGCUCCAGUAGUGGAUUCAAACGACGAGCCUGCUGAAGGUUCUCAGCCUCGGCGGCGUCCGCAAUUACGGCCACAACCGCUCGACACCCUUACCAGCUCGCAGCUUGACGCCAGCCUCCCCAGUCCAAGCCUGUCGCCCAUUACUGCAGCUGCCAAUGCUGCAUGGCGUCAGCGCAACCACUUCGAUGACUCUUUUGCGGAGACAAUCGACGAGGAUGCAGGCGUCGUUUCCGGCUUUGAGCUCGAAGAUGACAGCAAUACCCAUACGGCUACAUCUCAGUCUCAGGGCAGUAUGAGGGCGCCAAGCCUGCCGCAGUUCAAGUUCACGGCCGGACAGCAACAAGGUCCUAACCUUCUAUCCACAGCAGGACUGACCAUCAAGGACAUACCCACCAUAGUCGACACAUUUGACAGCAUGCCGGAAGCUUUGCAAACGUACGUAAUGUAUCAGCUCCUGCGACGCUGCGCCAAGCCUACUCUUCAAAUGGUGGCGGGUGUGGUCAACCCAGCUUUGAAGUGCGAUCCAUUCAACGUGCUGCCACCGGAAAUCGGUCUGAACAUCACGCGAUUUUUGGACGCGCAGAGCAUGUGUCGCGCUGCGCAAGUGUCGAAGAGGUGGCGUAGGUUGAUCAAUUCUGACGAGACGGCGUGGAAGGAUCUGCUUGACCGUGACGAAUAUGAGCUGCCGAGAGAUGAGAUUGCCCGAGCCGUUAAGGAGGGUUGGGGCUGGCAGCAUCCGGGUGCAGAUGGCCAUGAAGAGGACCUCUCUAAAUACGUGCAAAGAAACACGCCGGAGCUGGCAUCGGGAGACGGGAUGCAAGGCGUCGUCACGGUGAGCGACGAUGAUGACACAGCAUCGACAACAACAACCAGAUCGAAAAGACGGUCACUCACCACUCACGCUCGAGGCAAGAAGAAUCACAAGCGCCGCCCCGCCCAGCCUGCGUCGGCGUCUAAGAACCUUGCCGUCGCUUCAUGGCGCCGAACGUUCAGAAGCGCUCAAGGCCCGCUCGGGUAUGCCACUGCAGCCGCUCAAGCGAUUCCGCAUCCUGCCGUUGGCCUGCCAAGCUUGAAGAACAUGCACCUCUUCAAGUCGCUGUAUCAGCGCCAUUAUCUCAUCCGCAAAGCCUGGAUGGAUGAAACUUCGCAGCCGCAGCACCUCGCCUUCCGUGCACAUCACAGACAUGUGGUCACAUGUCUGCUUUUCGAUAGCGACAAGAUUUUGACCGGCAGCGACGAUACGAAGAUCUGCGUCUACGACACCAAGACUGGCGCCCUCCGGACCAGACUGGAGGGCCAUGAAGGCGGUGUCUGGGCGCUGCAAUACGACGGCGAUACGUUGGUGUCAGGGUCUACCGAUCGCAGCGUUAGAGUUUGGGACAUCAAGUCCGGCCGGUGCAUGCAAGUCUUCCAAGGUCACACGUCGACUGUACGUUGCUUGGUCAUCCUUCAGCCUGUGCAGAUUGGCACAGAGCCGGAUGGCAGGCCGAUCAUGAUGCCCGAAGUGCCACUCAUCAUUACCGGCUCUCGCGACUCCUCCUUGCGGGUGUGGAGGCUACCUCAGCCAGGCGACCCGAAGUUCUUUCAGGCCGGUCCGCCAGGCAAUGAUCGCGAAAACCCUUACUUCCUCCGCACCCUCUCCGGCCACCACAACUCUGUCCGCGCGAUUGCCGCUCACGGCGACACGCUUAUUUCUGGGUCCUACGACUGCACAGUACGCGUUUGGAAGAUCUCCACUGGUGACCUCGUGCAUAGGCUGCAGGGGCACACUCAGAAAGUCUACUCCGUCGUACUCGACCAUGUCCGCAACCGCUGCAUCUCCGGCAGCAUGGAUAACCUCGUCAAAGUGUGGGACCUGCAGACUGGCGCCGCGCUCUUCAACCUGGAGGGUCACACUUCGCUCGUUGGUUUGCUGGAUUUGAGCAAUGAUCGUCUUGUUAGCGCGGCUGCUGAUAGCACGCUUCGUAUCUGGGAUCCGGAGAGUGGGGCUUGCAAGGCUACACUUUCUGCGCAUACUGGCGCUAUUACGUGCUUUCAGCAUGAUGGGCAGAAGGUCAUUUCGGGCUCGGACAGAACGCUGAAGAUGUGGAAUGUUAAGAAUGGGGAUUGCGUGCGGGAUUUGCUCACGGAUCUCAGCGGCGUCUGGCAGGUUCGCUUCGAUGAGCGCAGAUGUGUUGCUGCGGUGCAGAGGAACAACUUUACUUAUAUUGAGGUUCUCGACUUUGGCGCCUUCAGAGACGGCGUCCCAGCAAAUCAGCGUGGCCGCCGUAUCUUCGUCGACUGCCGUGGACGUGAGACCGUCGAGGUCGAGGCUGCGCAGCCAGAUGCUGCUGACGGUACGGCAUAG